AUGGCGUCGGAGCUGAUAUUCAGAGGCCAGAACGAGUCGCAUCAAGCGGCCGACUCUUACUCCCCGAAGCCACCGAAGCCGUGGCUGCUCACCCUCCGUCCCAUCCGCUACAUCCUCCGCGAGCAGCGCCUCCUCUGCGUCCUCGCCGGCAUUGCCAUCGCCACCGUCAUCUUCGCCCUCCUCCCAUCCGGCGGCCACCGCCACACCGAGCCGAUUUCGUUCGACUCCUCCUCGGCAUUCACCCACCCGAUGCGGCACAAGUACUACGAGCCGGCUAUGGUCUCGGGGCUCGGAGCAGCCGGGAGGAGCACGGGAGGCAAGAUCCCGCUGGGGCUGAAGCGGAAAGGCCUGAGGAUUGUGGUGACCGGCGGUGCCGGGUUCGUGGGGUCGCAUCUGGUGGACCGGCUCAUCUCCCGAGGGGACAGCGUGAUCGUGGUGGACAAUUUCUUCACCGGGAGGAAGGAGAACGUGAUGCACCAUUUCAAGAACCCGAGGUUCGAGAUGAUCCGGCACGACGUGGUUGAGCCGCUGCUGCUGGAGGUGGACCAGAUCUACCACCUGGCGUGCCCGGCGUCGCCCGUCCACUACAAGCACAACCCGGUGAAGACGAUCAAGACGAACGUGGUGGGGACGCUGAACAUGCUGGGGCUGGCGAAGCGGGUCGGGGCCCGGUUCCUGCUCACCAGCACCAGCGAGGUCUACGGCGACCCGCUCCAGCACCCGCAGGUCGAGACCUACUGGGGCAACGUCAACCCCAUCGGUGUCAGGAGUUGUUACGACGAAGGGAAGAGGACAGCGGAGACACUGGCCAUGGAUUAUCACAGAGGAGCCGGUGUUGAGGUGAGAAUUGCGAGAAUUUUCAACACGUAUGGACCCAGAAUGUGCAUUGAUGAUGGGCGCGUGGUUAGUAAUUUUGUUGCUCAGGCGCUUAGGAAGGAGCCCAUGACCGUAUAUGGCGACGGCAAGCAGACCAGGAGUUUCCAAUACGUCUCUGAUUUGGUUGAGGGUUUGAUGCGGCUGAUGGAAGGAGAGCAUGUCGGACCUUUCAAUCUUGGCAACCCUGGGGAAUUUACCAUGCUUGAGCUUGCACAGGUGGUACAGGAAACAAUCGACCCAAAUGCAAAGAUAGAGUUCAGGCCAAACACUGAAGACGACCCACACAAGAGGAAGCCAGACAUCACCAAAGCCAAAGACCUUCUCGGCUGGGAACCUAAAAUUUCCCUCCGGAAAGGUCUCCCCCUCAUGGUCUCCGACUUCCAGCAGCGCAUCUUCGGCGACCACAAAGAAGGCAGCAGCACCACCGUCGCCACCACCACCACGGCGGCAUCCACAUCCUAA